AUGAAGGUUAUUCACUCACCUGACGAUCAGGUUAGUGCGUUCCGUUUUCCUAUCCUGCCUUUCCGUGAUACUAACCCUAAGGCCUGGUUUAACCAGCUAGAGUCCAUCUUUUCGUUACAUGGCGUUAACUCUGACAGCGUCAAAUUUCACUGCGUUGUCGCCGCGCUUCCCCCGCAUGUCGUCGAUGACCUCGACGAUGUCUUGGAACUUACGGAAUAUCAGAAAAGUUACGAUGAGCUUAAGGCCGUCGUCUUAAAGCGAUUUGGCAUAUCAGACCAUGCUCGCGUCACGCAGCUUCUUAAUGAAACCGAGCUAGGGGAUCGAAAGCCUUCGCAGUUGCUGCACAAGAUGCGAGCUCUAGCUAAGCCUCUCGCUGUUGGCGACUCUUUCCUUAAAGAGAUGUGGCUUCGUUGCCUGCCACGUGACAUGCGCAAUCCCUUGUAUGCAAACGAUGCGCCUCUUCCUCAGCUAGCCGAUAUAGCUGACCGUAUUUGGGAAUCCAACGCCCAAAUAUCUCAGGUUCAGUCUACCUCCAGUACAGAGGUAGCAGAACUAAGAGCGCAAGUAUCCGCAUUGACCAACCGACUAGAGAAGCUAACACAAUCCGGAUCCAACCGCCGAAAUCGUCCCAGUAGUCGCAGUCCUCCUAGAUCACGUUCGAAAUCUCCCCCUAGGUCAAGCUAUUGCUGGUACCACGAGCGAUUUGGUCAUCAGGCCAGAUCGUGUCGCCCACCUUGUUCUUUCAAGCGCAACAUGCAGGGAAACGGGUAG